CACGCAGCCGGCCCCACAGCCGGGGCCGCGGGGCCCCUCAGGCGGCGCCCGCCCCGCUUCCCGCUCGCCGCGGGGGCUGAGGGAGGGAGGCGGGCAGCAGGCGGAGCGCCCCUUCCCCGUGACCCCACAGCUCCUCCCUUCUCCCCGCUCCUCAGGGCCGCCGAGUAACCUGGUUUUAACGCGGGCCCUCCUCCUUUUUUUUUUUUUUUUUCCCUUUUUCUUUUCCUCCUCCCUUUCCCCCCCCUUCUCCUCCAGCGUUAAGCGCGGCUCGGGCUGCUCCCUUUCCCUCCCUUUCCCUCCCCUCGCAGCCGCCUCACACGGAGACAUGUACCCGGGAGCCACCUCCGCCGGACCCGUGCUCGCACCUCCUCCACCAAUGCCACCACCAAUCCAGGGAUAUGCCUUCAAACCUCCUCCUCGCCCAGAUUUCGGCUCUUCUGGGAGAACAAUCAAACUGCAGGCCAACUUCUUUGAAAUGGACAUUCCCAAAAUUGAUAUCUACCAUUAUGAGUUGGACAUAAAGCCAGAAAAAUGCCCCAGAAGAGUUAACAGGGAAAUAGUGGAGCAUAUGGUUCAGCACUUUAAAACACAGAUCUUUGGGGAUCGCAAGCCAGUGUUUGAUGGAAGAAAAAACCUUUAUACAGCUAUGCCGCUUCCCAUUGGAAGAGAUAAACAGGUGGAGCUGGAGGUCACGCUGCCGGGAGAAGGCAAGGACAGGAUAUUUAAGGUGGCAAUCAAGUGGAUGUCCUGUGUGAGCUUGCAGGCUUUACACGAUGCUCUUUCUGGCCGGCUUCCGAGCGUCCCGUUUGAAACCAUCCAGGCUCUGGAUGUGGUGAUGAGGCACUUGCCUUCCAUGAGAUAUACUCCUGUGGGGCGAUCUUUUUUUACAGCAUCAGAAGGGUGCUCAAAUCCAUUAGGCGGUGGCAGAGAGGUUUGGUUUGGAUUCCAUCAAUCAGUCAGACCUUCCUUAUGGAAAAUGAUGUUAAAUAUUGAUGUAUCUGCAACUGCAUUUUACAAAGCACAGCCAGUUAUUGAGUUUGUAUGUGAAGUUUUGGACUUCAAAAGUAUUGAAGAACAACAAAAACCUCUGACAGAUUCCCAAAGGGUAAAGUUUACCAAAGAAAUAAAAGGUCUGAAGGUGGAGAUAACACACUGUGGACAAAUGAAAAGAAAAUACAGAGUGUGCAAUGUCACCAGACGACCAGCAAGUCACCAAACAUUCCCGCUUCAGCAGGAGAAUGGACAAACAGUUGAAUGCACUGUAGCUCAGUAUUUUAAGGACAGGCACAAAUUAGUUUUGCGCUAUCCUCACCUCCCAUGUUUACAAGUUGGACAGGAGCAGAAGCACACGUACCUUCCUCUCGAGGUGUGCAACAUAGUGGCAGGACAAAGAUGCAUAAAAAAGCUCACCGACAAUCAAACUUCCACUAUGAUUCGAGCAACUGCCAGAUCAGCACCUGACCGUCAGGAAGAGAUUAGCAAAUUGAUGCGGAGUGCAAGUUUCAAUACUGACCCUUAUGUUCGUGAGUUUGGGAUAAUGGUCAAGGACGAAAUGACAGAUGUGACUGGUAGAGUCCUGCAGCCUCCCUCAAUCCUCUACGGAGGCAGGAAUAAAGCAAUUGCUACGCCAGUUCAAGGAGUCUGGGACAUGAGGAAUAAACAGUUUCACACUGGAAUUGAAAUAAAGGUUUGGGCAAUCGCUUGCUUUGCUCCCCAGCGCCAAUGCACUGAAGUUCAUCUUAAGUCCUUUACGGAACAGCUGAGGAAGAUUUCCAGAGAUGCAGGAAUGCCAAUCCAAGGGCAGCCGUGCUUCUGUAAAUAUGCCCAGGGAGCCGACAGCGUGGAGCCCAUGUUCAGACAUCUCAAGAACACUUACACCGGCCUGCAGCUUGUUGUGGUGAUUUUGCCAGGAAAGACACCAGUCUAUGCGGAGGUGAAGCGUGUUGGUGACACCGUGCUGGGAAUGGCCACGCAGUGUGUUCAGAUGAAGAACGUGCAGAGAACAACGCCACAAACUCUGUCCAACCUCUGCUUAAAAAUAAAUGUCAAAUUAGGAGGUGUAAAUAACAUUUUACUGCCACAGGGAAGACCACCAGUAUUUCAACAGCCUGUCAUAUUCCUUGGUGCAGAUGUAACUCAUCCUCCAGCUGGGGAUGGAAAAAAGCCUUCCAUUGCUGCAGUUGUAGGAAGCAUGGACGCUCACCCUAAUCGAUACUGUGCCACUGUUCGGGUCCAGCAGCACCGCCAAGAAAUCAUCCAAGAUUUGGCUGCCAUGGUCAGGGAGUUGCUUAUCCAGUUCUACAAAUCAACCAGAUUUAAACCAACUCGUAUCAUUUUCUACAGAGAUGGCGUUUCCGAGGGGCAGUUUCAACAGGUUCUCCAUCAUGAAUUGCUGGCUAUCAGAGAAGCAUGCAUUAAACUAGAAAAGGAUUACCAGCCUGGAAUUACAUUCAUAGUUGUGCAGAAAAGGCAUCACACCAGACUCUUCUGUACAGAUAAAAAUGAACGGGUUGGAAAAAGUGGAAACAUUCCAGCUGGCACCACAGUGGACACAAAAAUCACCCAUCCAUCAGAGUUUGACUUCUACCUGUGUAGUCAUGCUGGUAUUCAGGGAACAAGCAGACCUUCGCAUUACCACGUCCUCUGGGAUGACAAUCGUUUCUCUUCGGAUGAGCUGCAGAUUCUCACCUACCAGUUGUGUCAUACGUACGUACGCUGCACCCGGUCGGUUUCCAUCCCUGCGCCUGCCUAUUACGCGCACCUGGUUGCCUUCCGAGCCAGGUACCAUCUGGUGGAUAAAGAACACGAUAGUGCUGAAGGCAGCCACACUUCGGGUCAGAGUAAUGGCAGAGAUCAUCAAGCACUUGCUAAAGCAGUUCAAGUUCAUCAGGACACGUUGCGCACUAUGUACUUUGCUUGACAUGUUUUAAUGUUUAGCGACUCAGUACAAUAGAGAGUUGGAUUCACAUGAGACCAGCUGCACUUAGACCAACAGUUGCCCAAGCUACAGUGACAGCCAGCCAUGAGGGACGCCUCUUAAUUUCUUUCCCAUUUGCAAAGAAAGCCUUCCGUCCAGAAUUUCAGACUUGAUUGUGAACUGCGUUCUUGUACCAAACCCCACGAUUGUUGGAAAUGUGGUUUGCCAAAAUCUCUAAGCUGUCUGUUAUAAAACAGACCCAUAUUUUAUAAUUGAACCAAGAGCUGUGAUCUCAGGGCUUAGGGAAAAACAAAACAAAGAAACAAAACACCGACCUCUUCGUUCAGUUUGCUAUUCAUUUAACUGCUUUUAAUAAUUUGGAGAGAUCUAAUUCAUACUCAAGUUGGUGGGCAAAAAUGCUGUGAAUUAGCUUUUAAUACAAAGAAAAAGCAAAGCGUUUUUUGGCUCUUUAUGAAGCCUCUAUUAUUCUAGAUGCAUUUACAAAAUGUUUAUUUUCAAAAGAGUGACAAAAUCCUGGUUUUCAACUGUCUUACAAAGAUUGUUCUCUCUGUGUCUAAGGGCAAAUGUAUUUUCUGAAGCUUGUUUCUUGAAUGUUUUUUAUUGUGCUGCAUUUAAAAAUGUUUUUUCAUAGACUAAAGAAGAAUUUAAAAAAAAAAAAAAAAGAAACAAACUCGUACCUAAACUUUUAAUAGGUCCAGUUAGAUUGGCAAGAGAAGACGUGCCAUUUUUGAGAAGCAAAAAUUGUAAAGGAUUUUUUUAAUCACACUGACAGCUAACUUUAGAAUUUGUCAUACAGGACUGUGACACUUACUUUCCAAAGUCUCUAAGGAAUACGGGUCUGUGGUGAUAAAAUACAGUACAAUCCUCUUUCACUGUUAUGUUUGAAUUAAUGUAAAUUUUAUAUAUGUUUCACAGUAUUAAUGUGAUAGACUAGAUGCUAUUAUUUAUUUUUAUUUACUAAGGAGUGCUCAUUAUGCUUCUGUUAACAUAUCAAGAAUGCUUUGGAUUUAGAAAUUAAAACCUUCUCGUGAGGACAUUACUCUUCAAAUGCAAAAAAAAAAAUAUGCAACUGACUUUGUGAGAGCUCAGAGAUACGUGCAGUGUGUGUUGUGGAGCUUGUAAUGUGUAGAAGGGCUUUUCGAGCGUGCACACAGCAGAGCAGGGUUUACCUGUGCUGUUCAGAGACGCACACGAGACCAACAUUCUGUAUUUUCAAGCACAAAACACUUGUUUUUUUAUUUAUGUGUUGGUUACUGGCGAAGCGGGCGCUCUGGGAGAGGAGAGUGGUUCACUGUUGGUGAUUUUAGACAGAAGUCAGAGAAUCUAUGCAGUAAAGAUAAAUCUUAGGAAACUGAAGUUUACUUGUGAAGGGAGGGGAAGCUCUCUUCAUUAUGCAUAAGGUCAAUGGUAAAUGUGAGAGUUUUGCCAUUCUCUUCGGAGAAGCAUUAAUUAAAGCUGAUAAUUGUUAGACAAACGCUUCUGUUAGUUUGCACACUGGGUUCAGAAGAAAACCAUAAUCCAUAUGGAAACCAUUGCACUAAUUACGAUGCCACAAGCAGGUUUAGGAGGAAAUGUUAAAAGCCCAGGAAAUGUUGAUGUUGACUUGAUUUUGUUCGUUGUCAUAGGAUAACUUAAAUACAUUGGUAAGAGGCAGGUUGUGAAAAUGUCCUUCUCUUCCAUUUUUGCGUUGUCUUUUCCCCUUUUUCUCUUAGCAGAAGCUCAGUCACUGCUCUGAGUCCGUUUACCUCUAGCCACUGAGGCGGGUGCGUAGCUUUAACCCCCGCGGAGCUCUGUGCCAUAUAGCAGAGGGACUAAACCUGGUUGCUGUCGAAUAAGCUAGAAAAUGCCCGAGCUGUGCUGCAAAAAGAGCUGUAGGUACAUAACUUCGUACACCUCGUAGCAGAGUGUUGAUUGUCAGUGGUGUUUAGGUGAAAUAACGCAAAUCCUAGUAACAGAGGAGUGGUGUUUGUGGUGUUCUCAUUCCUUGAUUGGGCUGCUGGGUCGGAUUUUCUUCUUGGUCAGUUUUGUAAACCUAGAUUAUUAUUUUUUUUUUUAAAUGACGCUGGUGUAACAGAAAGCAAGUUCCAGGUCGCAUCAUCUGUCUUCCUGUUUCCCAGCCAGGUUGCACAUACCUCCCUCACAAGCGCUGCUAAGCUGCAGAAGCUUUUCCGUAAGGGACACGUUGCACUUCUCCGUCUGCUUGCUUGAGAAGUUUCAGAUUUCAGCCAAGGUUUGAAUUCGGCAGAGUUUUAUAUCAGAAUUAUUUUUGUACGGAUUAUUCUUAACAAAUAGGAGAGAUGGAACACUUUUAAAUAAAGCGCCAGUUAUUUUUGUUUGCUGUUCUUCCUGCAGAGACCUCUUGGAUGUGAAUUUCAUCCUCCUCUUCCCUCUCCCUGCAGAUCUGGAAUAAAGGACUUGAUCCAAGGACUUUAUGGUGGUCAGGUCAGGCCAAGAGGGCAGAAUCUGUCUUCACCCCCAAAUCUUAUUUCUGAAGCAGACUGUGGGACUUCCUGCACCCUAUUUAGGAUGCAUUCUUUGGGCUGUUGCAGAAGGGCUAUCAGGCAGACCCUGUAAUCUCAGUGUAGCUCUCAUCUCUGCAUCCUCUUGGAAAGACCAGGAAUUUUGUGUAGCUUUCCUUCCUGGAGCGUGAAGAACUUGGGAUGGUUGCGUGCAUUUCAGGCUCGGCACAUUUCUACCUUGCACAGGUUUUUAAGCCUCCGGUGCCACGAAGUCGACAGCUUGACUUCUCCCUCCUUUCCCCUGCUGCCCCUGCCCCGGUGGCGAAUUAAUGACUAACUUAGAGCAUUUUUUAAAAAACUUUUGAUGAAGUAUUAUGCUUAGAAAAGCAGCGUGCUGUAAGCCCAGGAGCUAUUUUCUGGCAAUAUUUGUAAUACUCAAAACCUCUCCUGUCCCUCACAAAAAGGGAAGGGGGGUGGACAGACAUCUAAACCCGUACUCCUAUUUUUAUUUUAUUUUAUUUUAUUUUAUUUUAUUUUUACCCCUUUUUCCUGUUUUGUGUUUUGUAAGAGCAGCAAUAUCUCAGGUAAACGCAACGCUGAAGACAUCUCCAUCUCUCAUGCACUCCUGCUGCCGAAGUCGUGGCUGAGGCGGGCAGUUAUAACCACUAAGUCACUGUGCAGCUCAGGCCAGCAAUAACCCAAAGUGUUUUACCUCCUGGCAGCUGUUCUCCGAGGCCGUGCAGAGCAGUUGUGUGACUGCAGUUGCAUAAGAGCACUGGGCAGGACCUCUUCCAUUGCAUUUGCUCCCCGUUAUGUCCCUGGCAGUGACCUUUUGCUGUUGGUGCAGCCUGUCCAGGUGCUCAGCGGGCUGAAAGCUGAUCCUGAUGGCACCCUGGUGAGGAAAAUAUCUCCUUCCCCUUCCAGGCAUCAGCGCCGUUAGGGACAAAGUGACGGGUGGCAGUCCUGCAGUAUUUAUUUUGGUGCAGCUCAUCUUUAAGAGGGUGCUCAGGAGGUGAAGAGGUAUUAUGAAUGAGUUGCCUGCUACGGAUGGCUUUGCUGGCUUUGUACUGAAAUGGUAACACUAUAGAAAGAGAAAUACCCAAAUACUGGAGCAGGUUGUGGAUCUCUGUCCUUGGGAAGGCUCCGAUCUGCUGGGCCUGCUUUGGGCAGGGGCCUUGGUGUUUCCAAAGAGCCCUCCCAAAGCCUGUGGUUCUGUGACAAUCACAAUGUAGUAACAAAGACUAAAAUACUUUAAAACUCCUCUCUUUUAAUGUACUAGCUGUAAUACAGUAUUACCUGGUGUGAGAAACUUCUGCUCCCUUGGCUCCAUCAGAUAACGUCCGCUCUGCCUCUUCAUCGGUCAGUCCUUAGGAGCAGAUGUCCCACUGUGAAAUGCAGGAAGGAGGGGGAUUUAGUAGGGGGAUUUCUCUCAGCCUUACAUCAGUUUGGCCUUCCAGAUAGCCCUAUGCAACUAUAACUGCUGGUUUGGCCGCGUGCACUGAUCACUUCUUUUUAUUACGACUCCUCCUCCUGGCUCGCUUCGAGUUAGGCUGCUUCAAUGUUUGGAUUGCUGACUUAAAAUCAACGAUCUUCCACGUUGCAGAAGCUUUGGCAUAUUAAUUUCCUUGGGUUUAGAUCUGGCAGGUGGGAAAGGUUUGGGAUUAGUCGUUUACCUAAGCUGUUAGGGAAGGUUUUGUGUGUUAACCUGCUGCAGCUAGCAUGGAAAACCUACAGGUACCUAAGUUUAAAGCAAGAAAUUUGUACUACACAUUUCUGAUCUUCAUCCAGGCAUUACGUUCCCCGAUUAUUUAAGCAAAAAUGUUGCUAAGCUUUAGCUUGAAAUCCGACUAUCAAUAAUUCCUGCAGCCUCUGUCCAUUUUUAACAUCUCUUGUCCAGGCAUUAAUAGACCACUUGUAAAACUAAGACCAUGAAGGUGCAAAUGGGGACGUCGUCGCCUCUUGAUGUCACCCAGUUAUCAUUUCUGGUGGCACAGAUAGCCCAUAGGGGAUUGUUUUUUCUUUUAAAUACCUUUUACACCCAAAAAAGGAAUGUAAAAAAAAAUAUAUCUUGUUCUGUUUUUCACACUCAAUACCAAUGUAGGAAAAUAAUUUUUUUUUCCUACUUUUUAAUGCUCUCCUACAGUAGCAUCUGUUUUUGUUUUGUGUUGUUUUUCCUGACAGUGUGGCUCUCUCUCUCCCUAAUACAGGACAGUACUAUGUUUUUUUUAAAACUUUUACAUACAUUUGGCAACGCUUCUUGUUGCAUACGUGCAGUCUUAAGGAAAACUUCAAGUAGAAGGUAAUUGCACUGAUUGUUUUUAAACUCCCUUUUUACUGUAAGACUUUUUUUUGUCCUCCCAUCUGCUGUAGCUCUUUAAAGAUACUGUAAAGAGUGCUACGGACAGCAAAGCCUGCAGUGCUGUGGAUGCCCUUCCUUGCUCUUACGUUGUAGGAAUACUGCCAUGUUUUACAGUGUUGAGCUAUGAGCUUUGCUUCUAAACGUUGUUGUGCUUCGUUUGCGUUAGGGUGUGAAUCCGAGGCCACAGUUGCUUUGUUAGGGGGCGUUUGCCAAUCCUCAGUAGCAAUUAGCUGAUUAAUUAAUGCAGUGUCUGUACUCUCAGCUCCAGUUGUUGUCCUGCUGCGUCUUCCUGGCUUCCUUCAGCAUUUGAUUCCCGUGUCGUGUUGAGGAGAACCGGUCUGCGGGGCAGAACUAGCAGGGUAACAGGGGUUUGGGCUGGGAUUUAUGGAUAUAAAACCCAAAUUUUUGUCUCCGGCGGGUCAGUGACCGGAGCUGCAUCCCUCCGAGGUGUUGCGUUGAAUCCCAAGGAGCUGGGGCUCAUCGUGCGUGUGGCACGGAACCAGUUUUAUCUCCUUUUGUCUCUUUUAGUUGCUGCUGCUUUGUUAUUUCCUUGCCUGCAGCGUUCAGAUGAAUGUAACGGCUCGGCCAAAUCACUACGGAAGGUGGUUGUUAGUUAGCGAGCAGAUGCAGUUCAAGGCUACCUCCUCAAUUCCUCCACAGAUAAAUGAAUUUCUGAAGUGAGCCUACUACUCAACAGCCAAAACGCUCCCUGAGGAACUCUUUAUUUUUGCUGUUUCAUGCUGGAGAACCAGCGGUGCCAUACUGUGAUCCUAAACAUCUCCUUUUCGCUCCUCUUGUCUUCCGAAGGCGUAGGCGUGGCUUGUGCUGGUGCAAAGGUGGCACUGAGGUUCAGAAAAAGGUGCUGAGGUUUCAGAAAGAGCCCGGCACAUCACGCCUGGCACGUUUCUUCUUGUGCAGGGUCAUCUGAUAGAAGCAACUCGGUGUCACCUCCCCGUUCACUUGCUGGCUUUGGACACUCUUGCUUCCAAACAAAGCCUCUUCUCGUCUUUCAGCUGUUGGCCAACGAAUGUCAUGCUUUCACUGCAAGUGACAUCAAGGUGCUUGAAAUAUGUUUUGAGUCUGAAGCAAAAAAAAUACGUUCUGUUAGCUGCCAUUUCAUCACUUUUAAUCUUUGGCCGUAGACACUAACAAAGCCUGUCGGUGGCGGGGAUGAAGUUGUGGCUUUUGGGAAGAAUUCUUGCUGAGCGAUGGCGAGUGACGGAAUAAAUAAGCUCAGUAAUGACUGAACAGGGUAAAAUCCUGAACAUUUUGUUCAGUUCUUCAUUCUAACUUCACAAACCCCCCAAAAAAAGCAUGAAGAAUAGGAUUUUGCUCUAGGGUGAAUAGCUGCUUCUGGAAAAUAUUUCACUACACCCUGGUUUUGUGGAUCCAUAGACACUAUUGACGUUGCUGUGGCCUGGAAGAGGAUUCCCUGUGCAGGCAGGGGAUUGUGAGCACAUCCCCUUAAAAUGAUGAGGGAGGCCAGGUGAACCAUUUCUACCAGAAAUCUGCCAAAUAAGCACUUGUUGAGGCAACAGUAAGCAACACUUUGUUUUCCUUCUAGCUUCCCCGCAGAUCCUGCUGGCAACUUCCAGACCCUUCCCCCUUAACGGGAAGGCUGGCGGGCAGUUCCCAAAAGCUGCCUUCUGCUCUCGGCAUCUCAGAGCACCUUGGAUUUGGUCUGGAUGUGUUGCUGGACCAGGUUGCUUUAGUUUUGCUCUAUUUUUUCCCCCUUUAAGACCUGAAAUCCCUGCUGGAAUAGCUGCUCUACCCAGCAGCAGCAGUUACAGAUACAGCUAGCCUAGGAACGAGCCUAUUAAUUGUCCCUGAAGCAUUAAUUUAAACAUUUCCGACCAUUUUAUGCCUGCCUGUGCUUGGCAAGCAGGAAUUGUGAAAAGGUCAGCAAGCAACCUUGGGAGUUCCUACUCCCCUGCCCGCUCCUCUUUGUCUUGACUUUGUUAGCUUACAUUUCCUAGCAGGAAAAUAAAAAACCCCACACUGUGUAAUCGGGAUCCUAUUCUUUUCCUAUCAGCUUUUCCUGUUUCUGCACCAAGGGAGGAAGCUCCCCUCUUAGCAGCAUAAAUAAAACUGCCUGGUUUUGCUUGGUCCACACUAGGUGGGCACCCCAAAAUCUCACCUCUGUGGCCGACAUUGAUCGUGAUUGACCCUAAUUUUUUGACCCUCUUUGACCCUAAUUUUUUGACCCUCUUUGACCCUAAUUGACCCUAAUUCUCACUUUCUCCUGCGACUGACCCCUUGAACUCCUCAUCUCAUUUACAAGUGACAAUUUUGCCGUCUUAUUUUGAUGUAAAUACCGCGUCUCUAAUUGCCUGGCCGACUUGAAUCCUCAACUGAUCUGAAAUUGCCUCUCAGUGUUCAAUCCCCAGAAUGUCUCCAGCUUAAGUGAAGGUUGUUGCGUUUUCCCCAUCCUUUGCUAUCGAGCUUGGGGCAGCAAAAACUGUGUUUUUUUGAUUUUAUGGGGCUGAAGGGUAAGGUAAUGGAUGGAUUUGCAGAUGGCAGAUAUACUUAAGGGGUGAUUACUAGCGAGCACCUGGGAAAGCCGUGCUUUUUUUAUAGGGAGAUGCAAAACCAAAAAUAGAGUGAGUGCUCAGACACGAAGGUGCAAAGGCAGAGCUUUUUGGGGAACAAUAAGCACAAUCUCACUGGCUUCCGUAGCCCGUUGUUAGUCUGUACAAUCCCAAAACCUCCAACUUUUGGGGCAGUUUGUAAAUAGAGACCUCAGCCCAGGCGUCUAUGUGGCCAGGUGGUUGACUUGGACACAGAGGGGUGAGGUGGAAAAGAGAAUGUAUUCAUUAAUCCCUCCCCCCCCCCUUUUUUUUUUCCCUUAAGUUUGGUACCUUGCAGACUUAACUGACAUCUAUUAAACCCCCUUUCCUGGAAGAUUUUCAUUUAUUUAUUUUUAUAAAAUAACUCAAAACCAACCAAAAAAGGAACUCGGAAGUUUCCCGUUGGAUGUGCUCCCUCGAAUCCGAAUGCUUUUAUGACCGUGUAAAGUUUACUAUUUUUGAAAGAAGAAAAAACAACAACAAAAAAAGAAAAACCUAAGAUGUUAAGGGCCUCAUUUCAAGUGGUACUAAGUAUUUGUUGGCUAGCUUGCGUGUUGCAUCCGUAUUAAAACGUCUCGUGCUUGCGGUGUGUAAAUGAUGUAGCGCUGUUGGGGUAAGCACUUGUCACACACAACCCCUUGACUGAGUUUUAAACGCAUCAGAGGCAUUGUAGGGUUGAUGGUGUAGAUGAAGUGGUGCUUUAUGUUCCCCAGAGCCGGCGGGGUUUUGUGUAGAUGUGUUGGGGAGACGCGUUGGCCGUGGCUCGGUGUUGGCACGACGCUGCGUGGCGGCGCCGCUUUGAAUUAAGCCUUAACAAAAAAAAAAUAAAAGGAUAAAUUCAUCAGAUUUUCUCAGAGCAGGCAAAAAUACUGUUUAACCAGAGUAGGAUCUUCCUCAAAAGCUAAACUCGGAUAAAGGAAGGCUCAUCUGAGAAGGAAAGGGAAAAACCUGUAGAUCUCUAUACUGUGACCGACCUCCUCGGGCGCUGGCGUUGCCCUACAGGAGCCGGGCUCUCUGCGUUUCUCGGGCAGUCUGCCCCAAAAACGGGCUUUCUGAAAUCUCAGCUCCUUGCGUUAGGCAUCUUCUCCUCCCUCCCCCUGCUAGGAAAUCUCUGCCCGAAGGAGGAUUGCUGAAAUUUUGCAGUGAAAAGGGACAAAAGCAACCCAAAUCCAACCGUUCUCGAGAUCCGUGCUUGCUUCAGGUAGUGCCAUCGCUUGCGCUUCUCCGGCUGACAUCUGAUCCUUCAAACAUUAGGGCCAGGGGGCAAAUCACGUGGCGGGUUGGGGACCCAGCUUUCUUUUUCGAUUUGGAUCUACCUCAUUUCAACAGUUGGGUGCUAUGAACUCAAAUUGUCGACGAGAUUGGCAAAAAAAAAAAAAAAAAAAAGCGACCAAACUGCGCGUGCCGGCCGACCUCGGGGCGGAGGCGGUCGCCUGCAAACCAAAACCUUUUGGGUUUCUUCUUUAGAAACAACAACGUUGUCGUUCAGUUUUUAUUCUUUGUGCCUUUGUGUUUCUUCCCAGUGCGUAACAAUCAAAAGUCAUUGCUCUUGAUCGAAAACAGCAGACGAAUUUUAACCGCAGAGCUUAAAAAAAAAAAAAAAAGAAGAGAAAAGCAGCAUAUUUUUAGCAAAUUGGAGAAUAUUUUUCAGUGUAUCGAACCGUAAAGUGUACAGUAUCAGAGCAGAACUAGGCAAAGAGAAAUACCCAAUAAAGAAGUUUUUGAAAUUAAUAAUUCCCACCCGAGAUAUAUAGAUUUAUAUCUCUAUAUAUGCAUAUAUAACAUAGGUGCACAUACAGCAUAUAGCUGUGUGGGUACCUCUGUGUGCAUAUAUAUAAAAAAUAUGAAUAUAUAUAAAAAAAAUGAAGGGAUCCAUGGGUAAGGGGAAGGGAAUCAAAUGUAAUUUGACUUUUCCACACAGUUUUAUAUCUAACAGUUUACAACUAUGUAUAAGUUUUUCUACUAUGUAAGCCUUUUUUACUUAAAAAAUAAUCCUUUUGGGGAAAUUUAAGUUGUGAUAUACUAUCAUUUUUUGAAGUUUAAAAAAAAAUAAAAUAAAAAAUCGACUUUCUACCAAUACUUAAUACAGAGGGGGAAAUCUUUUUUCUGUAGAAUUGUAUUUAGUUUAAAUAUUAAAGGAAAAUCUAUGUAUGGAACUGUACAAGUGCUGACAGGCCGGGCUGGCAGGACUUCAAAGCUGUUUCCUACGGCUUUCGGCUGCAGAGAGACUCGAACAAAAGGAAGAUGCCUCUGUUAAAUGUUUUUAUAAAACUGCUCCAUCAGGUCUAUACUUAAGCUAUAUUUUCUAAAGCCUCUACUCAUCCUUUAAUAUGCUGCAGAUAAAUUAUCAGCAUGGUUGCACUUUCUCAGUAAUAAUGUAUGCCCUGCAAUUGGCUCGAGAUAAGGACUUUAGUUUUUUAACAAAACCGAUAGUACUUUGGGCAGAAGGUAAUAUUUAUAUAGGUACCUCAAGAAAAAAUAAAUAAAAAAAAAAAGCCUGAAUAUGCUGCAUUUUGUUCCUUUCACAUUUUUCAUGUAGCAUUUGUUUGCUUUUAAUUUUUGUAUUUUUAUUUUUUAGUAGAUUUCUAGCUACCUGUUUUGCUUCGGGGGACCCCGGUAGCAUUUUUUUAGAGCGGUGUUUUCUGUCGAGCUCGUAGGGUGUAGUGUCCGUCCUUGGUUUCAUGCAGGAGCUCGGGGGGGGGGGGGUUGCCCUGCAUCGUGUACGCAACGGGGAGGGGGGGGACCACGAGGAAAUUCACUUUCCGUAUACUUCAGGAAAAGGAUUUUAUCCCCCGAAAACAGACAAUAGGUGUUCCUAGCCCUUGGUGUGCUCGUACUGCUUUCGGGACUCUUUUCUCAAGUAGGGAUGGGGAGAGGGGCAGCGUGUUGGGGAAAAAGCCAAAGGGACCAAAUUUCCCCUGUUGGUCAAUGUUUUGGGGGUGCCGAGCUGCCCGAAUUACAGCUUGGUGAGCAUCGGGCCCUGGCACGGAGUAGGAUCCCACCAGAGGUUCUUCCACCUCUGCCUUUCCCAGCCAGGGGAACCCGAAAAACGUGCAAAGAGGGGGAAUUGCUGUUGAGAACCAUUGAAGGAAGCUUCAAAGGCUGUGAAGUGGAGCAUUUAUUGUCGUGUUUUUAAGCUUCGGUGGGUCCUUUUCCAGGUUUGUUUUACAGCUUGCAAGGUAAAAUAGUUUUGCACUACUUUUGCAAUAAACUCAUGAAAAAACCUAACAGUUUCUGUUCUGGUUUCUUACUGUAUAUAUACAACUAAUACUAAAGACCUAGCAUAGUGUUUCUCACCUCAAAACAUAAGACUCGUAACAAGCUCAGAAUGCUGUAAUUCCUGACAAAAUAAUGAUGUGAAUGAUAUUUUAUAAAGUUAUUUUGUAUGGUGUCAAUUUUGUUUUGCCUCAUAGUAUGUCAAUAAAAUAAAAUUCCUCAUCUUUA